AUGGACUUGCUCCUCUGCAAGAAAGAAAAGAUCCUGCUCAUCCUCGUCGAGGAUUAUCAGGUGCUGAUGAAGCGAGGCUGGUACGUGGAAGAUUUACUGAUCGAGCACAUCUAUGGCAAUCAGGCGCUUGAGAGCUAUCCUCAAACCGCUCUCACAGGAUCCAGAAGCGCUACAGAACACUUCAAUAGCAGAGUACAGGAUCAACGACGAAGCAAUACCCAACUUUUGCCCUGCGUACCCGAAGCAGCUCUCAAAGAUCCCGCCACGAAAGAGAAAAUCAGCGUCAUCCAGGCCGCACUUCACAAAGAAGAACACGCCGAUGAGAUCUUGGCUCCGGAAGAAGAGGGACGAGAAGCACCCAAACGCAGGUUACUCCUGCGGCAUGCUACCAUGGUCUCGAUGGCGAUAAUUCUGGUCGUUGUUGUGGAGAUGGCUUGCGUUGCCAAGAUGGUGAGCGAAGUUCAGCUGGAUCGCAGCUUUACAAGAUUCGCUCUUCUUGCUGUCGUGCCGAUCUUUGGCAUCUACUCUCUGUUUUUCAUGAUUGUGGUCUCUGGCUCGCUUUGGCAGAUCUUCGGUUCCCUGUCUUCGUUGAAGCAGAACACCAGGUACUACUCAGCUAUCGCUCCCAAGCCUGGCCGGUAUCCGGACCUUGAACUGCCCCACAUUACAAUCCAGAUGCCUGUCUACAAAGAAGGACUCCAAGGAGUUAUCAUUCCAACGAUUACAUCCGUGGCGAAAGCUGUAAAACACUACGAAGCUCAGGGUGGAAGCGCCUCCAUCUUUGUCAACGAUGACGGGAUGCAGCUUGUCAGUGAAGAUUUAGCAGAUGCACGCAAGGCCUACUAUGAACUCAACAACAUCGGCUGGUGCGCCCGACCUCCACACAAGGAGAAAGGCAAGAAGAAAGGCAAGAAAGCAUGGGGAAGGAAAUCGGAAAAGACCCACGACGAAGAAGCCGGAAUAGCCACAGCAUACUUCCUCCGCAAAGGUCAGUUCAAAAAGGCCAGCAACAUGAACUACUGCCUGGACUUCUCUCUUCGCGUUGAUGACCAAUACCUUUCGAUGGUGAAAACAAUCUGCGAGGAACGCGGGUGCACCUCAGACGAGUUGAGCUCCGAGGAUGAGCAACAGAUCUACCAGCAAGCACGCGACCGUGUCAUUGCGGAUGAUGAGGGGCGCACCUGGGCUGCAGGAGACGUCCGAAUUGGUCCGAUCAUUCUCAUCAUUGACUCGGAUACCCGAGUGCCCGAAGACUGCUUACUCUAUGGCGCCCUGGAAAUGCACGAGAGUCCCGAGGUAGCAUUGAUUCAGCACGCUUCCGGAAUCAUGCAGGUGGUGCACAAUGCAUUUGAGAACGGCAUUACCUAUUUCACCAAUCUAAUCUACACUUCCAUUCAGUUUGCCGUUGGCAUGGGAGACUGCGCCCCAUUCGUUGGUCACAAUACCUUUAUUCGCUGGGACGCCUUGCAGUCCGUGGCGUGGUAUGACGAGGAAGACAAGUGCACCAAAUUCUGGAGCGACAGCCAUGUCAGUGAAGAUUUCGAUGUGAGCCUGCGCCUACAGAUGAACCACUUCGUGGUCCGCCUUGCUACCUAUCAUGAAGGUGGCUUCAAGGAGGGUGUAAGUCUUACCGUUUACGACGAACUCGCUCGGUGGGAGAAGUACGCAUACGGCUGUAAUGAGCUGGUCUUCAACCCACUCUACAAAUGGCCGUACAAAGGUCCUUUCACCAGACUGUUCUGGCGCUUCUUGUUCAGCAACGUCAAGAUCACAAGCAAGAUUACAAUCCUCUCAUACAUCGGAACAUACUACGCUGUCGCUUCCGCCCUGCCUCUUUCGUUGGUGAACUAUCUCGUCGUGGGAUGGUACGCCAAUGAAAUCGAUCAAUUCUACGUGACAUCCUGGAAAGUCUGGGUUGGAAUGGUGGUCGUGUUCAACCUACUAUCGCCAAUAGGCUACGCAAUGCUCCGGCACCGCCUGGGGAAACAGACUUUCUUCCAAUCCCUUUUCGAGAGUAUCAAAUGGGCGCCCAUGUUCCUGCUUUUCUUCGGUGGCAUUUCCUUUCAUCUUCUCAAGGCGCUUUUGUGCCACUUUUUCAAUAUCAAGAUGGAAUGGACGACAACCGCCAAAGAAUACAACGGAGGCUUCCGAAUUGGACUAGACCGAAUUGUUCGAGACUUCAAGUGGAUGUACGGUGUCAUCAUGUUGCUUGCAGGAGGCAUGAUCUACUUGGCUUGCUUCGCGCCCUACGGAUGGACCAUCACAGAUUUUUCAGUCAUUGUACCGCUGGCUAACCAAGUCGGAUGCCAUGCGUUGAUGCCCUUUGCCUUGGGGCUUUUCUAG